UUCUAGUUCGGAUUCCUCUGUAGAUUGUCGGCAUGGAAGAGAAAACACUCACCAGAAUCCUCAAGAGAGUCGCCGCCGACUUCCCACUCCGAACGGCCCUCUCCGUUCCCGGCAAGCUCGAAAUCACCCACAGCCGUCUCAACGACCUCGCCGACUACGCCGCCUGCCGCCUCGCCGCCGCCGGCGUUCGCCCUGGUGAUGUCAUAGCCCUCACUUUCCCAAACACGAUAGAGUUCGUGAUCAUGUUCUUGGGGGUAAUCCGCGUGCGGGCGACGGCCGCGCCGCUUAAUCCUGUUUACACUCAAGAAGAAUUCGAAUUCUUUCUCUCCGAUUCAGGAUCAAAACGGCUCGUCACGAACAAGGAAGGAAACGCGGCGGCGGAGGCCGCUGCUGCUAAGCUCGGCAUCCCCUGCGCCACCGCCGCCUUCCGCGAGCCCUCUUCUGAUAUCUUUGAGAUCGCCGGGAUGUCCCCGGCGAUCGGCGUCUGUGGCAAGGCCUCGGUCGCCGGAUUUGUGAAUGAGCCCUCCGACGUGGCACUCUUCCUUCACACCUCCGGCACCACGAGCAAGCCCAAGGGAGUUCCACUAACCCAGCAGAACCUCGCCGCCUCCGUCGAUAACAUCCGGUCCGUCUACCGGCUCACGGAGACCGAUUCGACCCUGGUCGUCCUCCCCCUCUUCCACGUCCACGGCCUCAUCGCUGGCCUCCUCGCCUCCCUCUCCGC